AUGAUCCCGCUAAAACAUCAUCUUUGGCUAGCAGGCCUUGCACUCCUCAUAAUGGUACAGCUACCCUCCGUGACAGCCACAGAUUUCAAUGUUUAUUUGCUGUUGCAAGCCAUGAGCCAAGAAUCCUCCCUUUUGAAGUCAGCCUUUGCCGAUUCGCAAUCCUGCUUUGACAAUUUGAUUAGUGCGGAUUCCGACUCGAGUUACCAAUUGACGAGACGAGAAUACGUUCAGUUUAUGAGAUCGAGUGGUCCCCCUGGCUUUUUAAUGGAUGUGGCGAGUUUUGAGGACAUGCCAUUGGCCUUGCAAUCUACCUUUAAUGCACUGAGCUGCUUGUGUCCCGACUCGUCCCGAACGAAUUGCUGCAAUGACUUGUUGGAUAUCAAUGGAGCCGGUGGGGAUGCCGACCAAGCGGAAGAGAACGAAUUGUUUUUGGUGUGUAGCUUGACGAGGGUGGCCAUUAAUUACGUGGCGAAUACUGAGGGCCCCACUGCGGCUCCAACCUUUUUGGAACCGAGCCCUGCUCCGACUUUUGUGCCGAGUAGUGCCCCCACUCGGCAACCCAGUAUGGCACCAUCCAACAGUCCAACCGUAUCACCAAGUGCGAGACCAUCCUCAUCUCCUACUGUGGUACCGAGUGCGAGACCAUCUUCAUCUCCAACCAUGGUACCAUCUACAAGUCCCACCAUUUCACCGAGCGUCACGCCAUCAUUAUCGCCUACCAUUACAGCUUCCAAUGUACCCACAGCAACUCCAUCAGUAUUGCCAACAGAGACUGCCUCUGGGGUUCCUACUACCGAACCCUCAUCGACACCAUCCCUUGCGCCUUCCAUGCCCCCGGAACCCACUGCCUCGGCAGCUCCCAGCGGUACGGCUUCCGAAAGUCCGACCGGGUUACCGAUUAUCGAAACGUCUAUCGAAUAUCGAGUGGGCGUCCAAGAUGGCGUGUAUACUCCAGAGUUUGAUUCCAUAUUGGUGGACGCCAUGGAUUCCUUGGCGCCCGAAAUCUUGGUGGCCACCUUGGGAGAACGUCGUCGUGUGCUGCGACAACGAAGAAGAAAAUUGCAAAGUGUGGCAUUGCCGACACGGAUUGACGAAUAUUUGCAAGACGAAUGCGACACACUUUUACCAUCCGAAGAUGGCUGUGCCGUGAUUCAAGCCUCGGUGUUGUUGCAAUUCCCGCCUGGCACCACUGGGAGUGAUGAAGUGGCAACGGAAUUCAAGAACCAAUUGGAAACGGCCAUUCGCACGGGCGCCUUUUCGGACAAGCUAGCAUCACAGAAUCCAGACACGCCUCUGUAUAUCAUUGAUGAUCCACUCUUGGAUUCUCUGUCCGGGGAUCGGGGUGGGAUUCUCAUUGAAGAAGAUGAUGAUAAUGGUGCGAUUGCUGGUGUGGCUAUUGCGGGUACCAUUGUCUUGGCAGCAUGCCUCUUGUUUUAUAUUUGGCACGAUCGCCAACAGAAAGACAAGGAAGAGCUGGAACCCUUGGAACCAGCCCCACGCGAUUUGUCCUUUUUGGACACGGAUGAUGGGGUGGAAAUUGAAAAGAAGGAUGAAGCGAAAGAUGCCACUCCUACGAAGCCACUGCCCAAAACACCGGACCGCAAAAAGAAAAAGCGGCCGUCCCAAUCAUUGAGUCCCAACCGAGGCGAUCACGAUUCGGAUGCCGGUGAUUCGGGGUGGUCCAGCAGUGCUGGUGUCUCGAGUCUCAAUACGGGAGACCAAAUGACCAAUGAACAACUAGACACCAUGGACUUUUCUUAUGAACAAGCCCAAGUGGGCAGCCAAAUGGGCGGCAGCAGUCUCGGCACUCCCAGCCAAGAUGAUGUGUCGGUCCCAACGACUAGUUCGGUCACCAGAGCUGAUUUGGAUUCCGCUAUUGAAUCCGGUGACUGGGCAGCAGUCGGAGCCACGGCUGCCUUGUUGGCUGCGGCUUCGGAUAGUAACUCGUACUCGUCUCGAUCGCUCACCAAUCCGGGAACGAGUACGCGAGAUGGAUCAUCGACCGUUUCCAGUUUUGAUGCGGCCCAUGUGGCGGAAUUGGACCAUUUGGUGGAUGCCGGAGACUGGGAGGGUGUCGUUUUGGCAGCCGCUCGCUUUGAAGCUUCGACGGUUGCCAGUGAUUCGGAAUCGCGCAUGUCCGGCAGUUUGGCCAGUUCCAUGACUCGCAAACAACAAGAGUAUCGGGCGCAAGUCGCAGGAUUGUUGCAACGAGUGGCUCCAGAAGAGGCAGAUAACAUUGACGAAAUGAUUCUGCAGUUCCACGGACGAGAAGACGAGUUGAUUGAGACUCUCAAGCUAAUGGAAGAACGAAAAAUGGCUCAAGAGACCAAGGACAGUCCACCGUCAGCGGCCGAUGCUAAAGUUGGAGCGAAUGCGAGAAGUCUUGGUACUGGAACGCUGACACCAAAGCGAAAGCCAGCCCCAGCAGCUGCAUCAAGUCUUGGACCAGGCUCAGCCCAAAGCUUGGGCACGGCCAAAAGCUUGGGCACUGGCGUCUUGGAAAUGACCCCACGCGAGAAAAAACAGUCUCAGUUGGAGAAGGCCAUUGAAGCUGGUGACUGGGAAGCAGUCGGUGAAGCUGCGGCCUUGUUGAAUGACAUUGGAUCGGCUUCCUCAGCUGAUACUGAUGAAAUUAAUCGCUUGGCAGAUGGUCUUUCUGCGGGAACUGGAGAAUUCUCGACCGAGUCUGGCAAAAAGAGAUCAGACAAGGCUGAAGAGUUGGACAAACUAAUUGAUCAGGGGGAUUGGAUGGGAGUCGUUCAAGCAGCCGCCGAUUUCGAGUCGGAAGACAAGAAAAAAUCCAAAAGUUGGUUUUCCAGAGGAGAACCCAAGGACAAAGACAGCGAACGAGAAGACCGGCUAAAGAAACUAAAAGCAGAACAAGAAGCACUCGAACAAGCCGAUAUGUGGAUGGCUAUAGCCGAAAAGUCAAAAGACGACAGCAACAAAGACGACCGAGGUGCCAGCGAAGCUGCCGAUUGGGCAAUCGGCCGAAGUCUAGCCGCUCUGGUGGAAGCCGAGGGGUCUCCCGGCAAAUCACCGAAGAAGAAGACUGCCAGUGGUGACACGAGUGAAUAUGAAGUAUAA